CAAGCUUGCCUGCAGGGAAUGCUUUUAGUUAGCUAGCAAGCUUUCUUGCUCAUCAUGUGAUUUUUCUAAAAAGCUAGAUAUAGCUAAUUUCGGAAGAUCUCGGCGACACAACUCAUCACUGAUGAAGAUAGAAGGUGAAACGUGCGAUUGUAAUGAUAUUAACCUACGUUUACUUUUUUUUUUAGAUUGUUAUAUUUCGUGGGAGAGGAACGAACGCCGUCGUUACAGCAAGCUACAGUAGAGAGGUAGCCAGCGAGUAAAGAUCGUUACUGGCAAGCUUUUCGCACCUGGUUUGUAUUUGCGGAUUUUUGCGCUAAUUAGCUAGGAAGGGCUCCGCUUCAUACAUUGGUUUCGGUUACCGUGUAAGAAGGACACUUGAUUCGAUCAUUUUAGUCUGCUUCUGUGGUAGGGCUUAGAUAGACUGAGGCCUCUGCAAUUUCAGCGCUAGAUUAAUAUUCUUUAGUCUCUGGCUCAACGUUGCUGUGUCAUAUAUAGGUAGAUAUUAGAGAUUUUUUUGGUAAUGGUGUACUUAUACGUAACACUUAAACGUGGUAAUGACGUUAAAAUACUGAUUUGGAAACUUGCGCGGUAGCUAAUUUGAUUUUGUUUGGAACUCUUCGAUGACUUAUGGACUUUUCUAUAAUAAAAUCACAAACAUUUCCCUAUCAGCAGCCUUUUCUUUUUUAUUACAAAUGCUGGACUGAUGCUUGGUUAAUAUGAAUGGGGUCUUACAUAGAAGAUUGCGGUUGUCGUGAGACAGCCGGGGUUUUUUUUUGUGUGUGCAACUUUCACAACUACAGUAGUUUAUGUCGAAGCCCCCUGCAGGUUGAGGGUUGUCACAGCAGCGCGCCAAGAACAGAGGGCGGGCGUCGCAUUGGGGGAAAAAAAGGUUGUUGCCGAGUUACCGUCAAGACUGACAGCGACCGAGACUUCCGGCUUCCGAGCAAGAGGAGUACAGAAGCUGAAGCUCGUAGGAGGAGCCACAAUGGCGACUGUCCUCUCCUCAUAACAGCAGGGGCAGUGGGUGUUCUUAUAUCCGCAAACAUCGCCCUAAAUGCAGGCCUGGUCGAUUCCCAGGGCCACUAUAAAUAAACUGGGACAUCUUCUGCACAUGAAUAUACUAUAAUUUCUUACCAAACAUCAAAUAUAAUGAGAUAAAAUUGAAAAUUAAAGCGAACAUGUAAACAGUACCAACCGGGUCAAGUUUUCAUUUUCAGUUCUGUGAAACAAUAUUGCCCAUUCAUCAUGGACUACUACUUGUUUCCGAACUCAACGUAAACUGAAGGAGCCGCCACCUUUGCUAAAGCCUUACAGAAGGCUAAAGGUGGCUGUUUGAAAAGGGGGUUUGCUUUUUUCCCCCCUUUUCGUUUUUUACGAAAAGCUAGCGACCUAGCUAGCUACAGCAGCGCUGGCUAACCAAAGCGAAACGGGGGAGACCGGGCUCCAUUCUCCGACUUGUCUCUUUGUAACCGGCUAUUAAAACUUGCAACACGCUGAGCCGAUCAUAUUAAGUAGCGUAUUUUUUGGUUCCUAGCUGAUUUUUUUUCUGUACAAAACGCCAGAAACAUGCUACUGACCUGACUGGGAUUAACUCGGAUAAAGCAUAAGGACGGAACGUGGGCAUACUUUUUUUUGUUGUUUGCUUUGUAAACGUUUUUUUUUGUUUAAUGAUCUUUUUAACCGGAUUUUUGGAGUGCAGUUCUGCCGUUAAUGUAUUGUCUCGGCUGCGUAGGCCCGCGAUUGGGAGACGGAUCGCCGCUGACGUGAGGAAUGCCCGGGUCAGACCGACACCAUGGAAGCAAGAGGAAGCCGGACCCCAGCGCCUCACUGCAGCCUCCGCCAGCUAGCGGCACCGGCGGGGCUUAUCAGCCGCUGCUGUCGCCGCACUCCUCGGCCGCCAACAUGACGAGCAGAGACGGCAAACUCCACUCGAAGUCGUCCGCCUCCUCCUCGUCGUCCUCCUCCUCUUCCAAGCGGAAGCGGCACAAGUCGUCUAAGCACGGCCGGGAGUCGUCGGCGCUGAGCCCAGCGGCCGCCUUUGCGGCGCAGGGCUCCGCACCGCCUCCUGCCGUCAGCGCCAUCAAGCCACUUGUUGAGUAUGACGACAUCAGCUCGGACUCGGACACCUUCUCGGACCCCCCCGCAUCCCGCCCCUCUGCAGACCGUAGAGGGGGGGAGAGGCUGGAGGCGGACUUGGAUUACGGUAAGGACGAGGAGGGCGGGGCCGGCGGGAGUAGGGACGGCCGGGGACACAAGCACAGGCACCCCCGUAAGAAGUCCAAAGACUCGCACAGAGCUAAAGACUCGGCUGAGUCCGGCGGCAGCUCCAAGAAAAAGAGCAGCAAGGACCGGGAAAAAGGAAGUUCAGGGAAAAGUAAGGAGAAAGUGGCCUCCGUGGCCACCUUGUCAUCUGGGGCCCGGCAGCCGGGCCAGAUAGAGGGGGACCUGGUAUUGAAGCGGGCCAAGCUGCCCCAGAGUGUGCUGGCCCAGCCUGGGGCUAGCGUGAGCAGCACGGCAUCCUCGUCCUCGUCGUCGCGCAGCAAGGAUGACGGCGGCCCCUCCGCCAAGCCGCGCAAGGACAAGCAGCAGCGGCGCGAGGGCCGCGGGGACCACGGCUCCUCGCAGAAGGAGCGCGCCGACAAGAGCCACCGCAAGUCGUCUAAGAGCUACAAGGCCAGUCCCAAGGGCCGGCCGUCCUCCAGGGGGAGCCCUCGCAGAAAGGCCCUCGCCUCCAUCCAGUCCCCCAGCCCCAAGGGGGGAGGUGCUGACAGCCCCUUGGGUGGGAGCUAUAGCCUCGACGUGGAGGAGAGCUACCACCACCGACGGCGACAGGCCCAGCAGAGCCCCAGCCCGUACCGGGAGGUGUCAAGGCGCAGCCGGCAGCGCUCAGACAGCCCCUACGGCGGCCGGCAGCGCUCCUCCAGCUACGAGCGCGACAGCAGCCCCUACUCCUCCAGGAAACGCUCCUCGCUCAGUCCCUAUGGCAACCGGAGGUCCUCCAGCAUCAGCCCCAUGUCCCGGCGCUCUGCUCGCUCCCGGAGCCGCUCACCGGGCCCCUUCUCCUCGUCCUCUUCCCGGCGCUCUUCCUCACGCUCGCGUAACAAGAAGCACUCGUCGGCGGGGGGCGGGGGCGGCUCCCACAGCAGCCGCCCCCCCAGCCGCUCCCCAUCCACCUCCUGCCUGCCGCUCAACUCCAGUCUGGGUGCCGAGCUCAGCCGGCGGAAGAAGGAGCGGCAGGCCGCCGCGGCGGCAGCCGCCCGCACAUCCUCCCCCAACGCAAAGCGGCCCGUGAAACCAGAGCCUGAGCCCCCCGACAGGGAGAAGGCCCCUCCAGCUGACCCGACUCCCCAGGCUCCGCCCCAAGCCCCGCCCCCAGCCACCACCCCUCUCCAGCCGGCCAAUCAGCGUGGAGACGAGAAGACCUCGGCCCCGCCUUUGCCACCCUUCUCCUCCCCUCCACCUCCGCUCCCUCCCUCUCAGACCCCUCCCCUGCCCCCUCCUCUGCCCCCGUCACCAGCCGCGCUACAUCAACCACCUCUGCCCCUCGCAGAGGUCGCACAACCCGCCUCAACUCACACGACCCCUUCCUCCUCCUCCUCCUCGUCCUCGGCAGCUCAGCCCAAAUCCCCAGCGGUGCUGCCGGCGCGCAGUCCUGCCCGGCAGCCGCCCCCCAUGAAGACCUCCACGCUGCCCCCCCUGCCCUUGCCGCCCAUGCUGCUGGGGGACCAGGACAGCCCAAAGAAGACCCCGCCACAAAGACCGCACAAGAAGGAGAAGGAGAUGCGGAGCAGGCCGCUACUGAGCGACCUUCCGCUACCCCCCAUUCUGGCCGGUGGAGACUCGUCACCCCCUCAGUCUCCUGUCCAAAAGGCCCCACCCUCACUGCAGCCUGUUUUCAAGAAGAGACCAAAGUUCUGCUGCCCCCGCUACGGCGAGCGCAAGCAGACCCAGAGCGACUGGGGCAAGCGGUGUGUGGACAAGUUUGACAUCAUUGGCAUCAUCGGAGAGGGAACGUACGGCCAGGUGUACAAGGCCAAGGACAAGGACACGGGCGAACUGGUAGCCCUGAAGAAGGUCCGCCUGGACAACGAGAAGGAGGGCUUUCCCAUCACAGCCAUCCGCGAGAUCAAGAUUCUCAGGCAGCUCAACCACCGCAGCGUGGUGAACAUGAAGGAGAUCGUCACGGACAAGCAGGACGCCCUGGACUUCAAGAAGGACAAAGGUGCCUUCUACCUGGUGUUCGAGUACAUGGACCACGACCUGAUGGGGCUGCUGGAGUCGGGCCUGGUGCAGUUCUCGCACGAGCAUGUGCGCAGCUUCAUGCGGCAGCUGAUGGAGGGCCUGGACUACUGCCACAAGAAGAACUUCCUGCACCGGGACAUCAAGUGCUCCAACAUUCUGCUCAACAACAGCGGUCAGAUCAAGCUGGCGGAUUUCGGUCUGGCCCGCCUCUACAACUCGGAGGAGAGCCGACCUUACACUAACAAGGUGAUAACACUGUGGUAUCGGCCCCCCGAGCUGCUCCUGGGGGAGGAGAGGUAUUCCCCGGCCAUCGACGUCUGGAGCUGCGGCUGCAUCCUGGGAGAGCUCUUCACGAAGAAGCCCAUUUUCCAGGCCAAUCAGGAACUACUCCAGCUGGAACUAAUCAGUCGCCUGUGUGGCAGCCCCUGCCCGGCGGUCUGGCCCGAUGUCAUCAAGCUGCCCUACUUCAACACCAUGAAGCCCAAGAAGCAGUAUAGGCGGAGGCUACGCGAGGAGUUUGCUUUCCUGCCCACCGCCGCCCUCGACCUGCUAGACCACAUGCUGACCCUUGACCCCGGGCGGCGCUGCACGGCAGAACAGGCCCUCCACAGCGACUUCCUGAUCGACGUGGAGCCCAGCAAGAUGGCCCCGCCCGACCUCCCACACUGGCAGGACUGCCAUGAGCUCUGGAGCAAGAAGCGUAGGCGGCAACGCCAGAGUGGGCUGUCUGAGGAUGUGCCAGCGCCCAAAGUGCCCCGCAAGGACCCCGCUGGGCCCCCCAGUGGAGAGAACAGCCGGCCCCCGGCUAGCCCUGCUGGAGCGCCCCCACCUGCGCCUGCCCCGGGCCGCUCGCAGUCUUCAGGCACCAGCGACAAUCAGCUGGCAGGUCUGGGCGCGGCCACGGAGCAGCUGAACCAGAGUGAGCUGGCGGUGCUCCUGAACCUCCUGCAGAGGCAGACGGACCUGAGCCUCCCCCAGGUGGCCCAGCUGCUCAGCGUGUCGGCCCACCCCGAGAGCCAGCAGCAGCUGGAGAGCCUCAGUCAGUCGCUGUCGGUACUCAGCGAGCCCUCCCAACAGCAGGGGGCGCCGCUCAGAGCCGAGCCCGAGGAGGGGCCCGUGGGAGCGCCCGACGAACCCCCGGAGCCCGCCCCGCCGGCCGACCCGGCCCUUAGCCAGGAGGACCAGGCCAAUUUCCUGGCGCUGCUGCUGGGGCAGCUGAUUAAACCGGCGGGCGAGGGGGCGGAGCAAGCCGACGAGAGCAAUGGCGUCCAAUCAGAGGAGCCCGUCGCCCGUGGUGCCGCUGCUGCCGAUCGCAAGGACGGCGCAGUCAGAAGGCGGAAGCCGCUCGGCGUGGGUCAGGGAGCUCUGUCCUCAGAGAGACGCCCCCCCUCCCCACCAGGGCCCCCCCCCGCCUUCCUCGGCUCGCUCCACCCAGCUGGUGAGUCGCACGCGGGCGAGGAGAUCAACCCCGCGGUAGCGGCUGCCCUCCUCCAGUUACUGUCUCAGCCGGACACUGAUCCCAGGCCGCUUCUAGAGGACAGCCAGCCGGGCCACAAAGACGAGGUGUUUGUGGAGGGCAGGGCUGCGGCACGGUCCUCACAGCAGCAGGGGGCGCCCGUGUCCUGGACUCAGCCCUCAGACUCUACAAAGUCGCCAGAGACUCAGCUCUGUGGUGAGCCCGUCCCGACCCUCAGCACCGCGGCGCAAUUCCCACGGGACCAGGACUUCCGAUUCGCUCACGGGGCCCCAGCCAAGCCUGGGGCCCCUGGGUUCCCUAGUAACGAGGCUUGGAACCAGGGAAGCAAGGGCUUCCCGGGUAACAGCCAACCCCAGGCACAGGGUCCAGGGACGGGCAGGGGCAAAGGGGGACCCUACUGACGGGCAUCUCAAGGAGUCUGUCGCUAUGUGAGCAGCCUGAAUAAUAAGGGGCGGCGUUACAGCAAGUGUGGAACACCUGCUUGCUUAGUACUUGGUCAUACUCCACUUGCCUGAGAUGAAAAAAGAAGGGACCAGGGAAGAGAGGACAGUGAGGGGCAUGUAAACAGCGAAGGUUUUGGAGGGACGUUGCAGAGGGCAGUCUGCUAAGCCCCAAUCCCCAAGUGCCCACCCCCCCCCCCAGCCAAGCUGCUGCGGGGCUGUCCUACAAAGGCCCCUGGGAGGAGGCUCCGCCCACAGUCUUCACGCACCUGGUUAAAGCGAGCAUCCGUGUGUAUCGAGGCGAAGGCAGAGAGCAGCCCUAGAAUGUAACCUGCCAUGAAUUGUUUGCACACAGAGUGAAUGAUGUGAGGCAUCUCAAUGUGUUUUCCCAUUGCGGGGGUCGAGUACAGGAGUCUUUGUUUUGUUUUCCUCCCCCCCUCCUUUUUUCCCCUCUUCUCUCUACAGGCAGUUGUUUUGACACUGUUCCCUGGGUCUGUCUGGAUGCAUGGAGAUAUGAGUGAUAGGGUGGCUGCAGGGGGUACUAAUACAUACAACUGAAAAAUGCAGAGAACCUCCCCUGAUUGUCCACGUGCCUCCUUCUGAAUCCUCAGAAAAUCCCAGCCACUUUGUCUCCACCCCAUCUCAUGUGAUUGCAAGGCUCCUAAUAUAAAAAGUGCGUUUUGGCUAGCAUAAUUGUAUUUUUCUUUGUUUCCGGUGUCUCGGGCCAAAGUUGCUGCAGUGGAGUUUGUCCGUCACUCCCCCCCCCCUCCCCCCUUGCUUCCUGACCUGUUGGUUCGCUCCACCACUCCUCCCGCUUUGCUUUCAGAUGUCUGUGGGACAUGUUAUCAGCUGUCCGGUAUCACCAUGGUAACAAAGGCAUAGGAGACCCCUGCCCUUUGCAUUUGUCUGAUUUAUGUUCUGUCUCAAGUGGCCGUUAACCUUUCAUGUCCCAUGCCAUAGAUCCACCCCCCCCCCCCCACCCAGCAAACACUGGUGUGCGUGAGUUUUUUUUUCUUUUCUACUUUUAAGUUUAACGCUGACAGUUGAGAUUGAUUUUGUUGUUUCUGCUCAGAAGUGGUAGAACAUAAGGAGCCAGAUUUUGGGUCACCUGUGACUGUAAAGAUAUUUUGUAAUAUGUUUUCUUUUCUGUUUAUUAAAGGAAAUC